AAAAUAUACGAGCCGGUUUGAACCCGAAGUUACUGCAACUCCCUUUGAGAGAAAGGGGAGAGAGAGAGAAGAGAGACGAAGGGGCGGUGCGACGGAGGAGGAGGAGAAGCCAUGGAGCACGACGACGUCGACAUGAUUGGCUCCGACACCAACGACGCUGUGGAGUUAGACGACAUGAAGAAGCGGUUGAAAGACAUGGAAGACGAAGCUGCUGCUUUACGUGAGAUGCAGGCCAAGGUCGAGAAGGAAAUGAGUUCUGUACAAGAUCCUGCAAGUGCUGCUGCAAGUCAAGCAAAUAGGGAGGAAGUGGAUUCACGGUCAGUGUUUGUUGGCAAUGUUGACUACUCAUGUACACCAGAAGAAGUACAGCAACAUUUCCAGUCAUGUGGGACUGUAAACAGAAUCACUAUCCGCACUGAUAAGUUCGGGCAGCCGAAGGGUUAUGCGUAUGUUGAAUUCGUUGAGCCAGAAGCUGUCCAAGAGGCUCUCCUUCUGAAUGAAUCAGAACUGCAUGGUCGACAGCUUAAGGUUACUGCUAAGAGGACAAACAUACCUGGGAUGAAGCAGUAUCGUCCUCGCCGAUCCAAUCCAUUUAUGGGUGCUCGAUCCAGGAGCCCAUAUGUUGCUCCUUAUUUCUUCUCACCAUAUGGAUACGGGAAAGUCCCGAGGUUCAGAAUGCCAACACGAUACGGCCCCUACUAUUGAAUGUUAAUUUUGUUUUUGGGCAUUGUUGAAUUAGAGAUAUCGCACUUAAAUGUGUGUGCAUGCCCUUUUUCUUUUUUUUUUAAUGAUGGAAAUUGAUGUUUGGAUAUAAUUUUAAGAGAUACUUUCUGUUUAAAAAGAAAUGGAGUGUGAGCAAGCACGAUGCAGGUUCGAUCACUUUGAGCUCUACCAUUCGCAGCAUCACUGCGUAUAGAAGAAAGCAGCUUCUCUGGACUUUGCUUCUGGUAAGUUUUCAAGAUCUGAGUAUUCAUUUUCGGAAUUGUGCAUGUUGUUCGAAGCUAAAAAUGGAAUCCAAUACAUACUUGGUAUUAAACCGUUAAUAUAUUUAGUGCUUGCUAUUUUGAUUU